GUCCUGCGCUGCCGAAGAGCAAGUUCAUUGUGGCCAUAAACUGGACUGGUAUCACUUUCCUGGACGAGAGAGAGAAGAGGCUGCUGGAGCUCUCCUUCCCAGAAGUCACCGGAGUCCACAGCGUGAGGGAGGGUAAAGCGUCCAGCCAGGCCGUGAGUCUGCUGACUCUGAAAGGAGACUUCACCCUGAGCGGAGGCACGGCCGAGGACAUGUCCGAGCUGCUCACAAUGUUCCUGAGCGGCCUGACCUCGAGGUCUCAGUACGCUGUGACCCUGAAGGAAGCCGACACGCAAGUGCGGUCAUACUCCAGAACUGUGACCUACCUGAGGGCCCAGAAGUCUCAGGUGUUCAUGGCCAAGGUGAGGGAGGCUGAAACCCCCACUGAACAAGACACAUGA